CAUCCCCACCCAGAUGACUCAGAGUGAUUAGAACCAAGAUCUGUUCAGGUUCUUGCAGUCUCCUUGGAGAAUAUUUACCGAUUCUUCGACGAUGACGGAAGUGAAGAAGGACGACGUCGUAAAAAUUCUGCACACCUAUCCCCUGUGUCGAAAAUGUGACAUGACAGACGAGAUGAAGCAGGAGGCGAUGGAAUUAUGUGUGACAGCGGCUGAAAAAUACGCUGACAACUACGAGAAUGUUUCGCGGAUGAUAAAGGAAACGAUGGAUAAGAAAUUUGGGGCUUCCUGGCACACCGUCGUCGGCGAGGGCUAUGGAUUUGAGAUAACGUAUCAAUUGAAACACCUUCUGUAUAUGUACUGCGCAGGAAAUUUGGCGAUUUGCAUAUGGAAAUCGGCUUGAGAAUUCUCCGACGCCGCAUAAACCGCAACUGGACGAUCGGGUGAAGUGAAAAAAUCGGCACACCUCAGGAACCUGAAGAGAUACAACGAUGAAACAUGUUUCAUUGGAUAGCCCGGAAAAUUUGUGACUUUAAACUCUCAUUGUGGAACCAUUUUGCACCGCGCAUUAAUGAGAUAUCGGUGAUAUCGGUAUUCCACUCCCAAAUUCGAAAAGGGAUAAUUAACAGAGAAUCACUGGGUCAAUCUAGACCGUCAAUUAGGGUUUGAAAUCGGAAUUUUCUUGGCUAUCCAGUGAGAUAUUACCCAUCAAUCUCCCUCGACUCCUUCCCCUUGAAAUCCCUCAGCGAAAAAAAAAACGCAACCGAUUUUUUUCGUCCACUCGAUCAAUCCUGACUCAAUCACCGAUAUCCGAAGGACAAAAUAAAAAAAAUAAUAUCUCAGGUCGAAAAUGAACUAUUAAUCAUAAGAAAUCUAUUAUCAAUCGUGUAACCACGCGGAGAAAUUUUUUAUACACCAAAACGAUUUAUUAAUUGUGAAAAAAUAGUUGAGUUAAUUUUUAAAUUCAAAAUAAAUGGAGUGAAAUAAUGGAGAGAACGAAUGUACGACUCAGGAGAAAAAUA